AUGUCCGGCGUCUCACUACAGCAAAUUCUUGACCAGCUCAAGGCAGGUCCUGUAACAAAGAACAAAUAUGCAAUCACUGGCCUAGCCCUCGCUGGCGGUAUCCCAUUGCUCUCCUAUGCAAUCUCCAGCUAUCGCGGCUGGCGGGCGCUGGGGAGGGGCGGUCUUCCACCUAACAUCUUCGGCUGGCUGAUCAACGUGGCCUUGCGCCCACUCUCGCGGUCCGACACGCGCGCCCCGGCUCCCUACACGCUGGAGUCCCUGGAGGCAGUAUGGGGCCCGGCGGGUCGGCAGUCUUUCUUCGAGGGAAAGCUGCCGCCGGCUCGGUCUGGCGCCCGGCCCGAGGUGCCCACGUACGUUGCGCCGCAGCGCCAGACGACCGAGCAGGGGGCCCCGGCGAUGCUCGAGCGCAUGGAGCGGUACCUGGCGGCGCUGACGGCGGCGAACCCGAGCCUGUUCCAGUCGCGGCCGUCGAGGCUCGAGGGCCCGUACCACGAUGCCGUGUGGCUGGCGGACGGCGUGGCAGUCCCGGCGUUCCUGAAAGGCACCAAGGGCGAGAUCAUGCACCCGCACGACGAUGGCAGCACGCAUGCUGUGCUUAGCCUCUGGGAUGCCUCGCGGGCCAUCGAGCUCGGGUGGGCGGAGCGGCAUAAGCUCAGUGGCGCGGUCGGUGGUGCCAUUCCCUGGGGAUACGUCUUCAUCUACGCACCGAGGAACGAGGACGAGUUUGACUCGUGGAAAAGCUUUAUCCUGGCGGCGGCGCGAUUCAACGCGGCGUCUGUUGGUAGUACCUCUGUUCAGGCGCCGGACUUGUAG